AAUGGGAAAAUGGCGGCUGACGGAGUUUUCGAAUACAUGGGGCUCAACGUUGAUGAGGCUCUAUGUCACCAGAAACCGAAAACGGGGGAAAAUGGGCUCCAUUUUCCCAUUGAAAUUUUAGGAUCGGCUGAUCUGGUUGUGACAUCUAGCGCUACCUUUGGGCGGGAAAUGAGCGUUCGGCGAUGCCUAGUUUAUUUUUCCAUUUUUCCGGUAAAAAGCCUUGCAAUUCUUUUUUUUUUUUUGUGAAACACUGUUUUUCGGAUUUUAAAACAGCGCUAAAAGACGAGGAACAGAUAAAGAAGCGACACUGCGCUGCGUCUGUGUUACUUCUUUGUCUGGUCCUCGUCUUUUCGCGCUGUUUUUAACAUCGGAUAAAGAUUUGUCCCAUCACUAGUUGUCACGUGACACAAACCGCCGGAUUGGCCGGAGCAGCGCGGCAGCGCCAGUGGCGCCAGCGCCCCAGCGCCUCGGAUUCGCUUGGGUGAGGUUCAGAUCACAGGUUCAGAUAGCCUUCGGGUCUCCGAGUCGACGUCAAGCAGUAGCUGGGUCGAGUCGUACGGGCCGUACAGGCAGAACAGGCUUUAUUUAGUGACUCUAGUACAGGCAUAGUACUGGUGGUACAGGCACAGGCUCGCACCGUCGUUGCCGUCGUUCGUCAGUUGUACGGUUGUACUACGCGGUACCGCCGUAGCUGCCCUAGCACUACCCUGCAAUUUUAGCCAUGGCUGGCUAAAAUUGGCGCUCUGGCUCAAAUUUUGCUGUUGUCACCCGUCACUCGGACAGGCAUGCGACGACGUCGGGCAAGAACUGGAAGACGUGUUCCUGAAGCUAAGCGUUCAGCACGAUCUCCAGCUGAUAUCGAAUCUCCAGAGCUGUCCUCCGAUGACAUCGCGGACCUCAGCGCAGAAACAGAACUGUCUGGCAGUAAACAUACUGCAAAGCAUUCAGCCCAGGCUCCAGCUGGUAUCGAAACUCCGGAACUGUCUCUCAGCGCCAUUGCUGAGCUCUGCUCAGAAACAGAACCGUCUGACAGUCAACUUGCCGCAAAAGUACUGCAGCUGGUCCCAAAGAAGUCGCAGCGUUCGGCAGAUUCUUUGUGGAACAUAAUAUCGAAAUUGAACUGCGUCCAAACCCAUCGCGGUGCUCGUGCAACAGGAGUUCCAUGGGACACUAUCUGUGCUGUGUUCAAGCAUCUUUUUCCCCAAAUUGAGGUUGAAAAGACCAUCUGUCAUCAUGUUGGAAAGAGUUUUGCUGGAAGUUCAGGUAAAGAUGCUUCUGUAGCCGCCAGGCGCGAUCGACGGAGGCACAGCUCCAGUAGCUCUUCCCCACCAUCUUGGCUGAGUGAAGCUCCUCUCCCAAAACGUCCACCACGGCAAGUGGAAGCAAUGCGGUCAAGGACUGUAUCGUCCGACAACAGCUCCAGUUCUGAGGUAGAAGAGCAGACUUCGAGCCCACUAAGUAGGAGACGGCACGCUUGUGAAGCUGGUAGCCAAAGAGAAGCUGGGGCUGUACAGCUCAGACAUUCGAGCAGGUUGCAUGAAGUACCCUAUUCACCUGGAAAGUGCAGGAGAAGUGACGACUCUACCCAUCGGGACACGAGACCAGACAGACGGGCGGCGGCUUCUCAAAAAGGAAAGAUGACUUCUGAAGAUGCUGCCAGUAGCUUGAAGAUUUCAGAGGCAGAUCUGCCAAGCAAUACUCGUGCUGUUUGUUCUUCGUCAAAACAAGUUGCAGGCUCCCCCCCCUGUCGGAACUUGGAGCAAUGCGAAAAUCCCGUUGAGGAGCGCUCAACUCAGCAGAUUGGUAGAAGGCCGCCUAUGUUCCAGGAGGCUUCGAGCCAUUCGCCAAUAGCCAGAUAUAGGGACAACCCAGCAGCCUCUAUGUUGAGUUUGUUCGGGCGUUAUCCAGUUGUCGAGAUUGAGAGGUUAAACUUUGUAGGGAUAUCUCCCAAAGAGGCCAGCGGAGAACAGGUGCCCCCCAAGACGAAACCUGCGAAGACGGCGAGUGAGAAAGUAGUGCCAUUUUUGCCGUCUUGCCUGUCGUCUUCUCCUCACUCUAACAGAAAGACUAUGCGAGCCAAGGCCAGGGAAGGUAGCGAUGCCAACACACGUGGAGAGAACCUGGGUAGAAGAGAGACACUGCAGCCGUCGUCAGCCUCUGAACAAGCCCGGAGAGCUGUCUUUGUGAGCUCUGCAGAUGUCUCAUUAACAGACGUGUCGUCAAGCUCUAUUGAAGUUAGCAAAGACCCCUUAAACAACAUAGAAAAGACAGCAGUUGUUGCUGCAAAGGAAAAGCAAAGUCAACCAAGAAAGCAGCAGGCUGUAGGAGCAAGCAAAGGAAUGUCUGGUGCUAAAUCAUUAACAAAAAAAGCUUUGGAUGCACAUGAAAAGAGUGUUGCUGCAGAUGUUAAUGUUACACUAACAGACAAGUUGCCAAGCUCUAGUGAAUCUAUUGAAGAAUCUGUGAACAUUACCAAAAAGACAGCAGCUGUCGUUGCAAAUGAAAAGCAACGUGAAAAACGAAAGCGGCAUGCUGUAGGGGAAAGGGAAGAAAUGUCUGGUACAAAGUCAUUAACAGAAAGAGUUUUGGAUGCCCAUGAAAGGAGUGUUGUAGCAUCCUCAAGUAGAAGUGAUCCUUCAGAUCCAAGCUCCAAAACAAACCACGCGUCUCAAAAAUGCGGGCCAUCUGGGGAGAAUUUACAACCCCUCACAAGUCAGGCCAAGGAGAGGAGACCGCCAGAAGAACUUGUGCGAAGCCAGGGCGCUCCUGUCAAAACUGUCGCAGCCAAAAACACAGAUUCUGGGCAAGUCCGUGGCAUUCCUGAAGUGAGAUCGAACACAGGCCUGCAUGAUGGAAACCGGUCAUCAAGUUCAGCCUCUUCUUCUAGGCCUCAUGGCGCAUGCAGCCGUUCUUCCCAAGCAAGCUGUUUGGAUAACCCCUGGUCAAAAGUCAGUAAAAGGAUGAGAUUCACUCCACUACAGGAAGAGGCUCUCGUACGAGGCGUCAUGAAGUAUGGCACUGGUGGUUGGAAGCAUAUUGCAGACGAGGGCUGGUUCGACGGGCGGCUCUCGCGUGAGCUGUCGGAUAAGUACCGCAACCUGCAGAAGUAUGACCACCUCUCCAGGGUGAAGGAACGGGUUAAGGCCAAACUAAAGCGAGGAAUAGACCCCAUGAGGGAACUUCAAGACCAUAACAGGUCCAUUUAUAAUACUCGACGCGUGUGUGAUCACUCUGCAAGGCCUAAUAUUCUGCCGUCGCAAAGAGUUCACGCAGCAGCUUUGGUCAGAGACACCACCUGUGGAGGACCCAGAGACUCUGGCUUGGGAGACGGGACACGGGAUGGCACGACCAAAAACCUCCACCCCUGCUCCUCAGCUACAAGCACGAACGCCGGAGUGGAUGUCCCUCAACGUCCCCAAGUGCGGGACAGGGUGGCAGCGGCCGACGUUGAGGGGGAUGUCGAUCCAUUGUUAGCCGACCAGCCUUUCUCUUCUGCAUCUCAAAAGCACUGCAGGGGUGAGUCAGACCCUGAACCAACACGUGAGGCAAAGGAUGAGAAGGCUCGCAAAAAGGCAGUUGAGAAAAGCGACGGAGCACAGCCGUCAGUGUCUGGCACGCACGUGCAGGAGUCUCCUUUGAACUCUGACACGGACGCGAGUUCGGACGAUUCGUGGACUACAAAGCCUGUCAAACCAGUGCCGAAGAAGCAGCGCCGCAACUGUUUCUUCACUCCCCUGGAAGAAGAGGCACUCGUCUGCGGCGUGCUCAAGUACGGGCCAGGGAAGUGGUCGCUAAUUUUGAACGAGGGCUGGUUUGCAGGGAGGAAUGUGAUCCAGUUGAGCGACAAGUACAGAAACAUGCUCAUAUACGGCCACUGGGAAAGAUUGAAACGGAAGGUGGAAAAAAUUGUUGGAACACCCGACGAUCCUCUUCUCAGGCUUAAGGAACUAAACAAGGCUCAUUGGAGAGGCACACGAUAGACUGUACGCCUUCUUUCUGUAAUAUAACGGUGGCUUUGUGCCAAUUAGGUUUUACUUUUUUAUUGACACAUUUCUCAGAAUUGUAUUCAUCUACGCAGGUGUCAGUUGAUGCUUUUAGAUCAUUUGCCAUGCUGGUUUUGGUUAUCUCUUGUCCUUUAGUCUGAUGGAGCUCAAUUUUCUGUCCUGAUUCUUCUAUGCUAAGUAUGAAGUGCCUUGGAAUGGUUGCGUGUAUAUAUUUAAUUAUGCAGUUUUAUGUGCAGUAGGCAGCAAAGGUUUGCGGGACAAAGGAGGGGCCAGCUGAAAUGACUCGCUGCGCCUCCUGACGGCGUGCAGCCGCUCUCAAGACUCGUGCUUUGCGCGUGCUCUUUUCGUGUUUUCACCGGUGCUCCUUUGUCCCGCAAACUUUUGCUGCAGACUGUACCUAUAGGAUGUGUUAAGUGUACUUUUUUUUUUAAUUCCUCUUUGUUCUUGCUAAAUAAACUUGAAUAUUAUUCUA